AUGACGGACGCUUUAGCAGCACAGCUCAACAAAGCCUCUUUGACCGAUGGCGCAGAUGAGGCAAACUGGAAAGACUCGCUCAACCUCCCAGCAAAAGAUACCCGACAACAGACUGAAGAUGUGACCGCGACAAAAGGCUUGGAAUUUGAAGAUUUCUACAUCAAGCGUGAAUUGAUGAUGGGCAUAUUCGAAGCGGGAUUCGAGAAACCCUCGCCAAUCCAAGAAGAAACUAUACCCGUGGCUCUCACCGGCCGAGAUAUCCUGGCCCGAGCAAAGAAUGGAACUGGCAAAACCGCAGCCUUCGUUAUUCCUACCCUGGAACGAAUCAACCCCAAAAAUCCAAAAACCCAAGCACUGAUCCUUGUACCCACUCGAGAACUCGCUUUACAAACAUCUCAGGUCUGCAAGACACUUGGAAAGCACUUAGGCAUCAAUGUCAUGGUCACAACAGGUGGCACUGGACUCAAAGACGAUAUCAUCAGACUAGGGGAGACAGUACAUAUUAUCGUCGGCACCCCUGGCAGGAUCCUCGAUCUCGCAAGCAAGGGUGUUGCAGAUUUGUCCGAAUGCCCCAUAUUUGUUAUGGAUGAAGCCGACAAGUUGCUCUCCCCGGAAUUCACAGUUGUCAUUGAGCAGCUCCUUUCCUUCCAACCCAAAGAUCGACAAGUCAUGCUUUUCAGCGCGACCUUCCCGAUGAUCGUCAAGGCAUUCAAAGACAAACACAUGCGAAACCCCUACGAAAUCAACCUCAUGGACGAGCUGACUUUGCGUGGUAUAACCCAAUACUAUGCUUUUGUCGAGGAGAAGCAGAAGGUCCACUGCCUCAACACAUUAUUCUCUAAGCUUCAGAUCAACCAAUCUAUCAUCUUCUGCAAUUCGACAAACCGGGUUGAGCUUCUCGCAAAGAAAAUCACAGAACUGGGGUAUUCGUGUUUCUACUCUCAUGCCAAGAUGCUGCAGCAGAAUCGCAACAAGGUCUUCCAUGACUUCCGUGCCGGUGUCUGUCGGAAUUUAGUGUGUUCGGACCUCCUCACCCGUGGUAUUGAUAUACAAGCUGUCAAUGUGGUGAUCAACUUUGAUUUUCCCAAGAAUGCGGAAACUUACCUCCACCGUAUUGGCCGUUCUGGGCGAUUUGGUCACCGUGGUCUGGCUAUCAACCUGAUCAACUGGGAUGACCGUUUCAACCUAUACAAGAUCGAACAAGAGCUAGGUACGGAGAUCCAGCCGAUUCCUCCAUCCAUUGACAAGAGCUUGUAUGUAUAUGACAAUCCCGAAACCAUUCCUCGCGCAAUGCCUCCUCCAGCACAGACUACAAAGAUUACUGCGUCCAAUGCAACCCCAACGGCAAAUACCAAUGCCACGAAUGCCAAUGGUCAAUACCAGCAGGCUCGGAGGCCACAAAAUCAGUCAAACGGAUAUGGACAACAAUACAAUAACCAAGGACGUGGUGGAUACCGUGGACGGGGUCGAGGUCAAGGUUCUCGAGGCCGUGGAGGCCAUCCUCAGCAGCCGACAGCAGCACCCGUGGGUCAAAUCGCUCACUAG